AGAGAGAGGUACGUGGGAAUACGUGCCUAGUCACGCAGCUAUGGGAUACUCUUGCAGGCUCGGCCCCGCGGCCGGCGGGCAGGCGAAGGUCAUCGUCGUCGCCAAGGAGGGAGAUCCCACGCUGGUAGAGCUCGAGAGGCUACCCAAUGACGGCUCGGCCUCCGUCUUGUUUCGAGGUGCGACCGUGGAGGACUUCUCGACGCCCGAGGCGCAGCAGGCUCUGGCGGAGGCCAACGUGCUCCUCAACUGUGGUGGAAAGAAGGACCUGUUGAGCCGGUUGUUCCCCCUGGCGCCCAAGCUGGCAUGGAUCCACAGUCGGAGCGCGGGGGUGGACAGCGCCCUUUUCCCCGAGUUGAUCGAAUCCGACCGCGUAUCUCUGACUAACGCGAGGGGGUUGUUCAGCUCGUCCCUUGCGGAGCACGCGGUUCUGUCGUGCCUGUACUUCGCCAAGGACGUGGAUCGCUGGAAGAGGAACCAACGAGACAGGAAGUGGGACCAGUUCUGCGUGUCAGAGGUGUUUGGCACCACUCUGGGGGUUGUCGGGUAUGGAGACAUCGGCCAAGCGGCGGCCGUGAAGGCCAAGGCGAUGGGAAUGAAGAUCAUCGCCCAGAGGAGGCGCCCGGAGCUGUCAAGGGGGGACGGGGUCGCUGACGAGGUUCUUGGCGCCGGCCAGGUGGGCGAGGUCAUUGCCAAGUCUGACUACAUACUGGUGGCGGCAGCGUUGACGCCCGAGACCACAGGCAUGGUUGGAGCCGCGGAGCUCGCAAUGGCGAGACCCCACGCCGUGAUCAUCAACAUAGGCCGUGGACCUCUCAUCGACGAGGAGGCGAUGACACAAAUGCUGCGGGAUGGACGACUGAGGGGUGCUUCUUUGGACGUGUUCUGCAAAGAGCCCCUGCCCGCGGAGAGCGAUCUGUGGGGCUUGGAGAACGUGCUGCUGUCGCCUCACAACGCCGACCUGACAGCGCACUUCUUGAACGACAGCGUCCGUUUGUUUUCCGACAACGUGGGCAACUUUGUCAAGGGCGAGGAGGUGUCGAUCCACCUUGUGGAUAAGAGAGCGGGAUAUUGACCUGCACUUUCUCCGAUUCAGCGUUGUAGGCAACGUUGUCAAGUUUUGUCCAAAGGGGAGAGAGCAGACAGCGAGAGGGCAGACAGUCUUACUGUAAUGAUGUAGUCAAAUUGGUCGGUUGGGUUGUUACUUCAACGUGGGCUGCUUGGUUUGGUCUGUCAUGUUGGUAUUCCCUGUCAUGACGUGCUUCGUAGUGCUUUUAGAGUUCGAUGCUGCACAAAAACCGGGGUCUGAUGUGGUUGAUUUUGUUUCGCUUUGUGUUGUGGUGCGUUUGGUAGACGUCAGCAGGAUUUGUCCCUGGUUUUCUUUGAUUGAUUGGUUAAUGCAUCAAUUAGAUCGUUCUUGUGGUACUGGAGGUGGCCAAGUCACGUAAGGCUAUCAGUCGGAAGUUUAACUUGGAAGAUGACCCGAAAAAGUUCGAUUUUUCAUUUCGUGUGGACGUUGCAACUACUACGCUGUCGACGCACUUCACAUUCACCGGCGUCUGUUGGCAUUUGUGGUAUGUUUCACCAGCCUGACGCACUGCCCAAACCAAUGUCACGAAACAAGGGCUGCCGUAAUCCCAGUAGCUUGUGUUCGUCCGGCAGGACAUCGGGUAUUGUCCCAAAGCUACAGUUUUAUCCAUGAAACGGAUUCCAUGUCAAUU